AUGGCAGAAAUUGACCAAGAAGGGGAAAUUCAGCCUGAUGGAACACUACUUGUGGGAGGCCAUGCGAUAGCCGUCAUAUACUUUAGAGCUAGGUAUGCACCAACUGAUUAUCCUUCAGAAGCAGAAUGGAGAGCUAGACUACUGAUGGAGCGUUCAUCAGCCAUUAAGUGUCCUUCCAUAUCUUAUCAUCUGACGGGAACCAAGAAAAUACAACAAGAACUUGCAAAACCUGACGUGCUUGAGAAGUAA